CUUCCUAACGGCCCCCUUUGUGUGUGUCUCUGUGUCCCAGCUACGGCGGUGAGGUGUGCGGCCUGUGCGGCGACUACAACGGAAUCCCCGGUGACGACUUCCGGACCCCCGAGGGACAGCUUGCCAAAGACGCCAGUGGUUUUGGGAACAGCUGGAACGUGGCGGAGGACUGCACCUCGACAGACACUGAGGUGACACCCCAGUGCACCGAGGGCGAGCAAGAGGCAUAUGAAGGAGCCUCCUACUGUGGGGUACUGCUGGAUCAAUAUGGCCCCUUCGCCUCCUGUCACUACAAGAUUGACCCCAUGGCCUUCUUCAGAGACUGCGUCUACGACAUGUGUGAGUUGGACGGCAACAGGCAGCAGCUGUGUGAUGCUCUGGAGGCCUACGUCAAUGCCUGUCAGCAACGCAACGUCACCAUCCGACCCUGGAGGAACGACACCUUCUGCCCCCUGGUGUGCCCGUCGAACAGUCACUACCAGCCAUGCACGUCGGCCUGCCCAGCCACCUGCCUUGACCCUCGACCCCUGCCCUGUAACCUGCCCUGUGUGGAGGGCUGUCAGUGUGACCGGGGCUUUGUGCAGAGCGGGGCCCAGUGCGUUUCCAGGGACCAGUGCGGCUGUGCGUUCAACGGAUCCAAUUAUCAGCCCAGUGAGGUGAUCUGGUCUGAGGCUUGUAACCAGGUGUGUAAGUGUCUGUCCAGCAACAACGUCCACUGCACGGACACCAGCUGCUCCCCAGACGAGUACUGCGGCAACAAGGGUGGAGUCCAGGGUUGUUACCCGAAAGGUUGGUCCACCUGUACGGCAUCUGGAGACCCCCACUAUACCUCCUUCGACAAGAGGAAGUUUACUUUCCAAGGGAACUGCACUUACGUGCUGGCCAAGACCUGCAACACCAGCCAGACCCCCUUCACCAUCUACACAGACAACGAGUAUCGCCACGGGAGGACGGCCGUCUCUUACGUCCGAGCGGUCUAUGUGAGGGUCUACGGCAUCACCGUGUCGGUCCUCAGGAACAAAGUCGUCCAGGUCGAUGGAAAGACAGUGAACACCCCCAGUGCACCAGUCAACGGGCUCUUGGUCAGCCGAUCUGGCAGGCACGUCGCCGUAGAAACGGAGUUUGGCCUGACGGUGAGAUACGAUGGCCGGCACCAUGCAGAGGUCAAAGUGCAAAGCAGCUAUGGUGGUGAGCUGUGCGGUCUGUGCGGUGACUACAACGGAAUCCCCGAUGAUGACUUCCGGACUCCCGAGGGACAGGUUGUGAAAGGCGUCAAUGAUUUUGGGAACAGCUGGAAUGUUCAGCAGAAUUGUACCAAACCCAACUCCGAGGUGAGCCCAAACUGCACCAAGGGCGAGCAAGAGGCGUACGAAGGGCCCUCCUACUGUGGGAUCCUGUUGGACUUGUACGGUCCGUUCUCUAGCUGUCACUUUAAGAUUGACCCCAUGGCCUUCUUCAGAGACUGCGUCUACGACAUGUGUGAGCUGGACGGCAACAGGCAGCAGCUGUGUGACGCUCUGGAGGCCUAUGUCAAUGCCUGUCAGCAACGCAACGUCACCAUCCGACCCUGGAGGAACGACACCUUCUGCCCUCUCCGUUGUCCAGCGAACAGCCACUACGAGACCUGUGGCCCAACCUGCCAGGCCAGCUGCCUUGACCUGCGACCCCAGUCAUGUGACACGCCCUGUCUGGAGGGAUGUCAGUGCGACGAGGGAUUCGUACAGAGCGGGGCCCAGUGCGUCCGCGAGGAUCGGUGUGGCUGCUCCUACCAGGGCGUUUACUACCAGCCGGGAGCCGAGUUCUUCGGGCCUUCUUGCUCGCUGAGGUGCAAAUGCCAAGGCAACAACAGCACGGCCUGCGAAGCCUGGCAGUGUGGAGAGAAGGAACAUUGUGCCCUUGCCAACGGCCACUAUGGCUGCCACCCAUCAGGUUUUGGCUCGUGUCACAUCUCGGGUGACCCUCACUACCACACCUUCGAUGGGAGAUCCUUGUCCUUCAUGGGCACCUGUACUUACACCUUGGCCAGGUCGUGCGAGAAUCGGACAGGGCCUUGGUUUUCCAUUGAAGGGAAAAAUGAGGAGCGAGGCCAGCAGGGAGUCUCCUACCUGAAGAAGAUUUACCUCACCACACAAGGAAUAUCCAUCACCCUCAUGAAGAGCAGGAGGACAUUGGUGAACGGCCGGAGAGUCCGCCUCCCAUUCCAGGCCGCCCUUGGGAUCACCAUCUCCCAGAGCGGACAGUACGUGGCUGUGAGGACAGACUUUGGGUUGUCCCUCCGUUGGGAUGGAAACCAAUACCUGGAGAUCAUCGUUCCGACCUCGUACUUCAACAUGAUGUGCGGCCUGUGUGGCAACUUUGAUGAAAACCCGGGCAACGACAACACCAAGCCGGACGGCACUGUAGCGGGGAGCGUGGCCGAGCUGGGCAACAGUUGGCAGGUCCAGGAGGAUGAGGACCAGCGUUGCAAAUCUCAAAGCCCAGAUGAACAUCCGUGUGAUGAAGACCUCCACAACCAGAUGAUCGGCCCAGACAGGUGUGGACGUAUCACAGACCCAGAGGGGGCCUUCAGGGACUGUGUAAAGAUUGUGGACCCCAUGCCAUAUUUCAACGACUGCGUGUAUGACACGUGCCAGUAUGGGGGGCUUGAGGAGACAUUGUGUGACCAACUACAAGCCUACACAGACGCCUGUCUAUCUGCCAGGGCUACUGUUCACAGCUGGAGGACACCGGACUUCUGUCCUCUCAACUGCCCUGCAAACAGUCACUACAGCCUGUGCGCGAGCGCCUGCCCCCUGACCUGUAAUGACCUGUUCACCCCCACGAUGUGCUCAGAGACUUGUGUCGAGGGCUGCGAGUGUGACCGAGGAUUCAUCCUGAGCGAUAGUCAGUGCGUCCCGGAAACCCAGUGUGGAUGCACCGACACGGCAGGGAAUUACCGGCUGCCUGAAGAGACCUGGUAUAAAGCGGGCUGCAGUGAGCGGUGCCAGUGCCGCGGAUUGAACAUCAUCAGCUGUGAGAGCGCAGGGUGUCAGCCCCAGGAGAGCUGCGGGCUGCAGGACGGAAAGUAUGGCUGCCAUCCUCUGGGACAUGGAACGUGCAGUGCCUCCGGAGACCCCCACUACAAGACGUUCGACAGAUUCUCCUACGACUACAUGGGGAACUGCACCUACACCUUCACCAAGCUCUGCCAGCCCUCCUCCUCCUCCUCCGGCCUGCCCAGCUUCAACGUGGAGACGAGCAACGAGCACCGAGGCAGGAACACGCGGGUCUCCUACGUCAGGGCCGUCUACGUCGAGGUCUACGGGCACCGCGUCACCCUGGCAAAGAACCGGAGGGUCAUCCUGGACGGGCGACGGGUCAACCUUCCCGCCUUUGUGGAGGACAAGCUGGAGAUACGGGUCAGCGGCGGCUUCGUGGCGCUGGAGACGGACUUCGGCCUGAGGGUGCGCUACAACGGGAACCAUCACGUGGACGUCACUGUCCCGUCUUCCUACGCGGGACAGCUCUGCGGACUGUGCGGGAAUUACAAUGGAAAUAAGACUGACGAUAACCUGAAGCCUGACAGCAGUGUGGCAGGAAGCACCGAUGAGUUGGGGGAGAGCUGGCUGAUAUCUGAUAAUACCACAGGGUGCCUGACCUCUGGCGGCAUCGAAACGUGUGACAAGGAAGUGGAACAGGAGGCUCAGAAUUCUGGAAGCUGCGGACUCAUCAAGGACCCAACAGGUCCCUUCAAGGAGUGUCACGUGAAGCUGCCACCGGAGACGUACUUUGGGAACUGCCUGUAUGACCUGUGCGCCUCGGACGGGGACUUGACCCUGCUCUGCUCCUCCCUGCAGUCCUACGCGGCCCUCUGUGCGCAGGCCGGGGUUCCCAUAACCUGGAGGAAUAAGACCUUCUGCCCUCUGAACUGUCCGUCCGGCAGUCACUAUGAGCCGUGCGGCACUUCUUGCCCGGCCUCCUGUACCGACCUCUCGGCUCCCAACGACUGCAGCCAGCCCUGCGUCGAGGGCUGCGUCUGUGACCAAGGCCACGUGCUGAGCGGCGACCGGUGCGUCCACUUCAGCCAGUGCGGCUGCGUGGACCCGGAGAGGAACUACCGGCUGCUAGGAGAAUCCUGGAUCGCCAACGGGAACUGCACAGAGCGCUGCACCUGUGCCGGUCCCAGCAACAUCACCUGCGAGCGCUGGGAGUGCGGCACUCAGGAGAGGUGCCAAGUCCUGGAUGGAGUCCUGGGAUGUCAGACAGCAGGUUUCGCCUCGUGUCAUGUCGCUGGGGACCCGCACUACUACACCUUCGACCACGCCAUGCACACCUUCAUAGGCACCUGCACCUACACCCUGGUCGCCGUCUGCAACGCCACCAUGGUCACCCCCUUCACGGUCAGCGCCAAGAACGAGGAGCGGGGCCUGCCCCACGCCUCCUACCUCCGAGUGGUUCACAUCGACCUCCUCGGUCACCGGGUCAGUCUCCAGAAGAGCCGGAGGAUCCUGGUGGACGGGGUGAGGGUUCGAGCCCCAGCGAUUGGUCAGAUCAAAGGCGUCUCCAUUACAAGCAGCGGCAUAUACUCGGUGCUGGAGACCGACUUUGGCCUCGUGGUGAAGUUUGAUGGGAACCACCACUUGGAGGUCAAGGUUCCCAGCGCCUACUUUGGAAAGGUGUGCGGGAUGUGUGGGAAUUAUAACCGCAAUGAGUCCGACGAGCUCCUGAUGCCUGAUGGGAAGUUGGCGACUAACGUCACCCAGUUCGGCAACAGCUGGAAGGCGGCGGGAGACGAUGAUCUAGGGUGCCAGCCUGACCAUCGCGAGGAUCUGAACUUUAGCUGUCGGCCGGGCGAGCUGCCGAAGAUGGUGGCCCUCUGCGAGGAGCUGCUGGCGGACAAGUACCGGCCCUGCCGCGGGCACGUGCCCCCCAGGCCCUUCGUCCUCAACUGCGUGCACGACAUGUGCCUGUACGCCGGCAUGCACUCCACCCUCUGCGACAACAUCCAGUCCUAUGUGGAGACCUGCAAGAGCGAGGGCGUUGACAUCAAGUGGAGGAACAGCACUUUCUGUCCUCUGGCCUGCCCGCCCAACAGCCGCUACGUGGCGUGCGCCAGCCCCUGCCCGGCCACCUGCGCCGACAUCUAUGCGCCGGCCAAGUGCGAGAGGCAGGUGACGUGCGUGGAGGCCUGCGAGUGUGAGCCGGGGUACGUGCAGAGUGACAAUGCCUGCGUCAAGCUAACGGACUGCGGCUGCCUUGACACCAACGACAACUACCACAACGUCGGUGAAUCCUGGCUGACCCCCGGCUGUAGGGAACAGUGCAGGUGCUUGAGAAGCGGCUUUUACCAGUGCCAAGACUUCAAGUGCUGGCAGGGGACGACUUGCGCCAUUACCGACGGGAUCCGGCAAUGCAAAACCGAGGUGUUCCACUCCUGCCGCAUCACCGGUGACCCCCACUACCAGACCUUCGACGGCUACCGGCACCACUUCCAGGGCCGCUACACGUACACCCUGAGCAAAACCAUCGCCCCCGGCGACCUGCGGCCCUUCAACAUCGAGGGCAAGAACUGGCGGAGGAGGUUUUACAGCCGGGUCUCCUUCCUGGAAGCCGUCUACGUGGAUGUCCUCGGCCACUCUGUCGCCCUGAUGAAGCGUCACCGUCUCGUGGUGGAUGGCAUCAGGGUCCAGACUCCAUAUGAGCCUACAGAGGGGCUAAGGAUUUACCAGAAGUCCAAGUCAAUUCAGCUGGAGACGGAAUUUGGACUGGCCGUGAACUUUGAUGGCCGAGGCCGUGCAGUUAUCACCCUCCCGAGCCCUUACCAAGACCACGUGCGAGGCCUCUGUGGGAACUAUGACGGCCGCCGGGACAAUGAGCUUAUGAAGCCUGAUGGUUCGGUGGUGAGAAGCGUCAAAAUCUUCGGCAACAGUUGGCGAGUGCCGGCGAGAAACGAGAGGCUCGGCGAAGCAGAGGCACCAGGGCUGCACAAGCGGGAGGUGGGUGACCUGGAUUCGGGAUCCACCUCCGAUCUGUGCUCUCCCCAGCAGCUCGCUCUGAUGAACAGCAGCCAUUACUGCGGAGCCCUGUCCAACCCCAGGGGGCCUUUUAGCAGCUGCCAUUCCACAGUGGACCCCACCACCUUCCAGGAGGACUGCUUGUUUGACCUGUGCGCGAUCUACAACGACAGCCAACUUCUGUGUGAGAGCUUCGAGACCUACACCCAGAGCUGCCAGGAACAGGGAGUGAGACUGGACAACUGGAGAAGGCAAACUGGCUGCGGUAUCCAAUGUCCGCCGAACAGUGCGCACAAGACCUGCACGUCUGCCUGUCCCGCUACCUGUGCUGACCUCUCCGCGCCCUCCAGGUGCACCUCCUCCUGUCUGGAAGGAUGCGCAUGCAACACAGGGUUUGUCCUGAGCGGCACCGAGUGCGUGCCAUUCAACCAGUGCGGCUGCACCUUCCACAGCAAGUAUUACGAGUUACACGAACGCUUCUUCUUGAGUGAGUGUGAGCAGGGCUGCGUGUGCAGCAACACCCAGAGUGUGCAGUGUGAACCCAGCCGCUGUGAAACUGGCCAGCUCUGUGCCAUCUACAACGACACCCUGGGCUGCUUCGCAGAUGGACCAUGCCUGAACUCUUCGUGUCAGAAUGGAGGAAGCUGCCAACCCUCGGGACAGGACUUCACGUGUGUCUGUCCACCUGGAUUCACCGGCAGACUGUGUGAAACCGAACAGGACAGCACAGAUGGACCAUGCCUGAACUCUUCGUGUCAGAAUGGAGGAAGCUGCCAACCCUCGGGACAGGACUUCACGUGUAUCUGUCCGUCUGGAUUCACCGGCAGACUGUGUGAAACCGAACAGGAGGACACAGAUGGACCAUGCCUGAACUCUUUGUGUCAGAAUGGAGGAAGCUGCCAACCCUCGGGACAGGACUUCACGUGUGUCUGUCCGUCUGGAUUCACCGGCAGACUGUGUGAAACCGAACAGGAGGACACAGACUCUCAGACCCGAGUGAUCCUGAUCAUUGUCCUGGUCAUUGUCGUGGUGCUUCUGGUCAUCGUCAUCAUCGCCAUGGCAACCUGGAUCUGUUAUAAUUGCAGGAAGCAGAAGACAAUGAGCUUCAAUCACGUAAUGGAUGUCAAGGAUGGAUACUCUCCCUCCAGCAACUUGGUCAUGUGGUCGACACAGAUGUAGGCCGCUCAGCCCCGUAACGGGGGGGCAACACAUUUGUCCUUCCUGUCAAUCUCCCCCCAACCCCCUACCCUCAGACCUCCCCCCAACCCCACCCCAGCCCUCCCAUUCGAUGGAAAGGAGUCACGUCCGGAAGGGAAGCCGCCUGAGAGUUGUCCGGAAACCUGCUGCAUCCUUUGCCUCCAGAGAGGCCCAUUCACGGGGUCAACUCUCAGCCACAGCUGCCUAAACCUCUAUCAGGCUCGGACUAUCCCUGUCAAUCUCUCGCUCCUCACCAUCAACCCAACACCCCCCCCUCCCCCCACUCCUCUGCUCCCCCCGGACUUUUCCCCCUGGAAUAUUACCCGCUGAUACCCGAAUCAUUGCUGUCUUACGUGGGCCCAGCGCGGUACAAGGAGCCGAGGCUGUGACUAAAACCUGGAGACCGGGAAGUGGCUCUUCACACUGGAUUCGGCCCAACCCCAAAACACGACGUUUCCAAGCACCCGCCCACCUAUGAAUAUCUCCCGCUCGCCUAAACAUUUUGGAUCUUGGACUCUUCCUUCGCCGGCAGUCUGCGGUGGAUCUCCAGACAGCGGCUAAUCAAUCCAACCGGGAGUUUAGAUGAAGCUCCUCCACCCGGAGAAUAGUGAGAAUGUGGAACUCGCUCCCCCAGGGAUUGGGGUUGUACAGUUUUGGUCUCUACAUUUAAAAAAGGAUAUAUUUGCGUUGGGGGCAGUACAGUGAAGGUUCACUAGAUUGGUCCCUGGG